UUCUCUAUCUCUCACGGUGCAGCCUCCUUCUCUGCAUCUCCCAUCUUUGAAUUGAAGCUCUCAUCUCUAUAGAGACUAGAUUCAUCUUUCUUCCUCCUUGUACACAAUUAUUGUAUAGUUUGAUUAACGAAGGUCCUAUUUUCAAAAACAGAACAAAAGUUCGAUCGAAUUGGGAUCGAAUGGAAUUGGGAAGUUAAUUAGGUCUGUGCUGCCAAAUUUGUUAGCCAUUCUUCUUCUUCUUCUAUCCGUUUCUGUUUCGAAUUCCCCAAAUUCACUUCAACUUGCAUAUACUGGAAUCUGUGGCUCACUUGCUUCUGUGCAAUAACAAAUCAAUUACAUAACGGGUCGAUUGCUAGUUAUUUUAGUCACAAGAUGCGCCGUUCCAAUGUGUCUAACAUCCAAAAGCCUACUACUGGUAAUGCACCGAGUAAACGCUCUCGUGUGCAAACUACUGAUCAGCCAUGCCCAAAUGGAUCUCGUUCUACUUCAGGUAGUGCAAUGAGUAAACGCUCUCGUGUGGAAACUACUGAUCAGCCAUGCGAAAAUUUUGUAGAAGAUGGACUCAAUUCUGCUAUUGGUACCACUACAGAACGAACUACUACUGGGGUCAGAAUUAGUUCACGUCUUCAGCAUCAAACUGCUAAUGAUCAGCUAUUGAUAAAUGUUACAACUGAAGAGCAAAAUGAUAAUGUGAUGUCAGCCAGUAAUCAAGACCCUCCUACAGGUCCAACAAAAAAGGUGCGGGGAAAGACAAGAGGAGUGAAUGCAGAUAAGGUGCUUUCUCAAUUGAAUGCUAAAAUACCUGUCACUCUGACCGAACAAAAUGGCAGGCCUACAGGCCCAUAUGCUGAAAUGUUGGCCAAUGAAAUUGGUUUCACAGUUCGAAACCAUGCCCCACUAAAUGUGGAAAAAUGGAAGAAGAUUCCGAAAAUUGAAGUGGAUAAGUUGGUUAAAAGAAUAACGAACAAGUUUGACAUUGACAUGUCUCUCUCUUGGGUCGAGAGAUAUGUAAUUACAACAUGUCAGACUGUAUUUUGUAAUUUUCGUUAUAAGUUGAAGAAACAUUUUGAGAAAUUUUCAACAAUCGAGGAAGCAAUUGAAAACAAACACGAUGAUGUCAAGACUCAGGAAGAAUGGGAGUUUCUCUGUGCUCGUUUUUCUAGUGAAAAGUUUCAGAUUCGUUCAGAGAAGAAUGCUAUAAAUAGGUCAAAGUUGACACAUCACCACAAAGCUGGGUCAAAGUCAUUUAUGUCUCACCAAGAGCAAAUUGCAGCACAGACUGGAGAGAUGCAAGGUGCAAUUGAUCGCUUUGAAACAGAGUACAAAAGCACUAAAAAAGGUUGGGACUUGGGAGCAAAAGCAAAGUGGGAUGAAAUGAUUAAGAUGCGAACUGAGACAACUCAACCUGAUGGAACUCGGACAAUGACAGAUGAUGAAAUUUGUGCAAAAGUCCUCGGAGUCAAAUCAGGCUACAUCAAGGGUUGUGGUUUUGGCCCUAGACCUCCACCAUCAAGAGUCUCUCAUUCGUCGAUAAAUGAAAUGUCUGAAAAGAACAAAGUGUUGCAAGAACAGCUUCAAGAGACCCAACACCUUGUAGGGACUCAACAACAAAAGAUUGAUGCACAAAAUGAGGUGAUCCAAAGAUUGGAGGAGCAAGCUAAAAAGUUUGAGGAGUUCAUGGCUAACUUUUCCAGGCAACAUCCAUCAAGUUAGUAUCUUUAUUAGAGAACUUAAACAUGGAGAAAUAAUUUUUUAGAUCAUCUUGAUUUUGUUAUUGGUUUUAGACUAUUUUUGUUACUCCUUAUGUUAGGAAACACUUUGAUUGUUACUUUGGUUUUAUUAUUAUGAGAUUUAUUAUUGGUUUGACUAUUUCAAUUAGUUUUAAAUAUUUUCAUGUAAUAUGGUAGAGAACAAUCGGUGACAAAACCAUAUGUAUUGUCAACAUUUUCCUCGUAAUAAGCAAUCAAUUGUAACGAAAAAGAAUUUCCUCGCUAUAGGCUAUAGAAUGUAUAACGACGAAAAUAAAUAUCAUCGCUAUACAAUACACAACUUAUGACGACAAAAAUAAAUUUUCUCGUUAAAGAUUAUAAUAUAUAUGACGAUGAAAGUAAAUUUCAUCGCUGUAGGUUAUACAACCUACAACGACAAAAGUAAAAUUCCUCGCUAUAGACUAUACAACCUACAACGUCAAAAGUAAAUUUCCUCGCUAUAGACUAUACAACUUACAACGACAAAAGUAAAUUUCCUCGCUAUAGCAAAUGCAACCUACAACGACAAAAGUAAAUUUCCUCGCUAUAAACCUUAUAACAUAUAUCGACAAAUGUAAAGUUCCUCGUCAUUGAGUACCUUUGGCGAUGAAUACACCAUAUAACCUACAUCGACAAAUGUAAAUUUCCUCGUCAUUGAGUACCUUUAGCGAGGAAUAGUUUUCCCUCGUACAAGAUACAUAUAAGGAAGAAAAUAAAUUUCCUCGUUAAAGAUUGCUUAUAGUGAGGAAAGACUUCCUUGCCAAAAGAUACCUACAACGACGAAAAUGUUUUUUCAAUUUUUUAUUAUUUAUAAUUUCUAAAUUAUUUACAUAUCAUUAGCGAGGAAAUAAUACUUUAGCGAUGAAAUUUAUUUUAUCGGGAAAUAUAUUUAACGACUAUUUUUUGGUCUUCAGAAAUUUUUAGUGAGAAAAAAGUAUGAGUAUAGGUGAGGAAAAAAAUUGUAGCUAAAGAAUAACGGCGAGAAAAAAAUAUAUUCAUCGAGAAAAGGGAUUGGCGAGGAAAUAGUAUUUUUCUCGCUGAAACUUUUCUUGACCACCCUACCGCGAGGAACUGGUGACCAAAAUAUUUUCCUCGCGAAAACACUACGGCGAGGAAAUCUCAGUUUUCAGCGACAAAUUUGUUCCUCGCAAA